AUCUUUUCAAAUAUCUCAGCCAUCGUCGAUCACAACUCCAAACAGUAUACCGAGAUAGUCAAUUGACUUCAGUGCAUUCUCAAGCAUUGAAUCACCCAAACACAGUACUCCAUAAAAAGUCUCAUAUAUAGGAAGAAGACAAAAUGCCAACAGGCGCACUUUCAAUAUCCAUCCCCGACACGCCCACUACCCCAACAACUACUACAAAACACUCCGCUACUCGUCCGACUUUCUUCCCUACAGUUGCUUGGUGGAGACGUUUUCCAAAGCCCAAAUUCCCGAGUUAUUAUUCCUCGAAUUAUAACACUCAUGGGCACAGAAAUGACACUCAUGACGAAAAUGGAAGGAUUACAAUGGAAGAAGGUUUAUUGAGCGAUGGCGAAAGAGAAGAUUUUGAUGGGAUGAUUCCUAGGGUUGGUAUGCAAGGUGACUCAGGUUCCAAUUAUUGGAAGCGAGUCAGAGGUGAAGCGCAGAGGAUAGGAGGGCUGAGGCUAAUAGUGGAGAUUCUGGGUGGUGUGGGGGUUGUUGUUGCAGUUAUUGGGUUAGUUCUCUUGAUUUUUGGGUAGCGAUAGGAGCAAUAUAAUGAGACUGGAAGAUGUGUAUUGGAACGUGAUUAAAUUGAUGCCAAGCGGUGAAGGGCAGUCAGCAGUUGGAUAGGAUAGCUGAGAAUUGAAAGAGAUGUCGGAAAAAAGGAGUAGGGCA